ACUCGAGGAGGUCAUUUGGCUUCUCACGAGCCCCGUAUCUAACGGAAAAGGAGUAAGUUGGAAUAGAUUGGACCGAUUCAUGCCGUACCAAGAAAGUUCUGGGGAUCCCUCCACGCAAUAAGAUGUGAGUUAGAAGCAGUUACCUGCUGUCAAGAGGAACCAGAAGCAGAUGAUCUUUCUGCUGACUGAUGGUCAGAGGCUUACGUCAUUCCCUCGCUUCAUCUCGUCACAUAGGCAGUCUCUCAUCACAAGAAGAAGGGUGAGGACAGUACAAUAAGAGACUCCAUAUGUGGGCAAGAGGAAAGGUAAUCGUUACCAUUAUAGCGGCUGUGACUCCUUGAGCAUCUGUAUAACCAGCGUGGUGCUAAGUACUGGGAACAUGGUGAUGAACAGAGAUGGACGUACUGAGCAGCUAAUGAAGAUGAAGCUUCAGGCUCCUCACUUGCCCAGCCCAUGUGAGUGCUGGGAAUUGUGGGAUGUUCAAAGUAGCCAGAGGAAGCCUGGUUACCACCAGGAAGCAUUUCUAUUUUCAGGUGUACAGUAUAGUGAUUCAACACUUCCAUAUCUUACUCAGUGCUCAUCAAGGUACCAGGAGAGCAAACUCAAGCCUGAGUUUUUCUCAGGCCUGGGUGGAGGUGGAAAGAAUUGCCCACGCCUCGGGAGGGAGUGGUCUCAGGCUGCCGAGCCCUCCCCUGCACGCAUCUCCAGCCUUCGAGGGAUCUCCACGGUGGCCCGGUGCUAUAGGACGGACCCCACCCAUCCAGAAAUACAGGGCUCGGCAGGCCACGGCGCAGUUCGGCAGAUGCUCUUUCCUUGGCAGGAAGUAGGGGGGGCACGCCUGAUUAAAAUGCAGAAGCUAAAGAAACUGGAGGCUCCAGCCGACUAAGAAAGUUGCGUAGGGUUAUAGGUCUAGGACGGAACAUACCCUGGGGCCCAACCUGGACCCCACAGACCCGUCACAGUCUCAGCCUCAGGGGCAGAAGAGAGACAGCGAAGGCCAGUUCCUGCCUGGAGCAACGCUGCUCGCCUUCUGGCAUCAGGGGGCUUCCCACAUUCCAAGAGAAACCAUUCUGUGUCUUUUUCUGUCUCCUUAAACCUCCGACACACCUCCCUCCCCACACACGCUCACACCACUACGACCGCCUUGCCCCUGUGCUUGUCUUUGUUUUCCCUCUGGCUCUUUCCUCCCUUCACUUGUCCCCGGGGUCAGGCUCCUCCCUCUCGCAAGGACCUUGCUCCUGAUCCCCACCCCCACCCCCUUACAAACCUAACUACUCUCUACCGGGUUGAUUCCUGUAGCAAACAAACCAGCUCUCUGGCUCCCGCUAAGACGAGGAAAACAAAACUGGAUGAACCCACACCCUUCUGCAGUACCGGCCUAUUUGCUUCCUUCCCUUCGCAACCAAACUUUACAACAGAGUCGUCUGUGUUCACUGCCCCACUUCCUCACCCUGCCCUUUGUUCCUCAACCCACU